GAACGCUUCAAUCCGAUCGGUGCACUACCGUUCCAGGGAGCGCGAGUAACUUUUUUUAGGCAUAUUUCAUCGAGUCGUGCCCAAAGAGUGUGUUUGAGAAAUCCAGUUAAUUUCCCCGCAAAAUAAAUGUCUGACCAGGUCGUUGUGCGUUUGUAACGCCGUGGGGUUGAGCGGCAGGCGUGAGCGCGACUUGUGAAGCUGCAUCACUCUCUCCUCCUCUCUCGUGUGAGCGCAUUUCAGCGCGCUGCAGACCACUAUCGCUAUUCACAGAGGGGGUAGCCCGACUCCUUUCCGUUCUCCUCCAUUCUGCCUCAGAGGUGGAUACCAUGCCAUCGGAUUUUCUCUAUUUAACGGCUAUUUGCGUUCGUGUGACAAACGCGCCGGGGGUAUUUUAAGGGUAGGGGAUCCCUCUCGGUGGCGACAAUACAGCAGAUGGAGAGAGCCCUCCAUCAGCCUCAUCAGCUACUAUCAGUCGCAUCAAGAUUGAGCAAGAUAUCAGUACCAUGGACCUUUAGGAGCAGUAAUGGCAACUUGCUGUACCUCUCGCACUGAUUGGAUAGAUUUGUAGCAUGCGUUCCCUACGUAAGACUGUGCUGUUAGCUCUGGUAGCAUCAGUGGUGCUGGUUUUGGCAGUGCUACAUUCCUGGCCCACGCGGGUCUAUAGCACUGUGGAUGUCCGGUACAGACCGAGUCCUGGAGCUGAGCGGCUGCUGGAGGAAAGACUUCCUGAACCGGAUCCCAGCACUAGCACCAUCCCUUACAGAGUAAGGGAGAGUGUGGCCAGGCUUUUGGCUCGCAACGGGUGUGUUUGUGAAGGAGAGAGCAGAGGGGUCAACCUGCCCUUUGCUCAGCUCUUGUUCCCCAGAGUGUCUGCCCAUCCUCUGCACACUGCCUUCCAGGCCUCCCAGCUCCAUGAGAUGAAGAAACGGCGCGCCAAAGAGUAUCAGAGCUUCCAAAUGAGGUCGCAGACCCCUGCUGAUCUGCUGAUUGUAGCUGAAGCUAACAGCCCUCUGCAGUACCCAACACAGGGUGUGGAGGUUCGGCCACUUAAAACUAUCCUUAUACCAGGUUUGGCCUUAAAAGAUCUGCCCCGAGAUGUAUAUACUCUGAAUUUUUCGGCAUCUCUCGGCACAUUUAAUGUGGCAGCAGAAGUGGAGGGUGUAAAGGUCAGGGGUGAUGGCGAGUUGCACAUGACCCUGAGCAGCGCACUUUUGUCCAGUCUGAAUCGACAGCUUCAGUUUAUCACAUAUACAAACACGCUGUUCCACCCCAGCACAGCUGACACAGUGCAGUUAGACACAGAAGGACAUCAAGCUCUUUUCACCAUCAAGAUCCGCCAUGGCGUGACACCCAAACUCUACAACACAGGAUCUGACGCAGAUAAAGAGUAUAACAUCAGCGCUCUCGUGACCAUAGCAACUAAAACCUUCCUGCGCUAUGACAAGCUCCAAGAUUUAAUUGACAGCAUACGACAGUACUAUCCAACAGUUACAAUAGUGAUAGCAGAUGACAGCGAGCACCCAAAAGAAGUAUCAGGCCCUUAUAUCGAACAUUACAUCAUGCCCUUCGGAAAGGGCUGGUUUGCUGGUCGUAACCUGGCCGUGUCACAGGUCACUACCAAGUAUGUUCUGUGGGUGGAUGAUGACUUUAUCUUUACUGCCAACACGAAGCUGGAGAAGCUGGUGGAUGUGCUGGAGAAAACCACACUUGACCUGGUUGGAGGAGCAGUGCGUGAAGCCACAGGCUAUACUGCCACCUACAGGCAGACGAUCUCAAUUGAAGCUGGAGAGGAAGAUGGGGACUGUCUGCACAUGCGGAGAGGCUUCCAUCACAUCAUCCAGGGGUUUCCUCACUGUGUUGUCACUGAUGGAGUCAUCAAUUUCUUUCUGGCCAGGACAGAUAAAGUGCAGCAGGUGGGCUUUGACCCCCGGCUAGCACGUGUUGCACAUUUGGAGUUUUUUAUUGAUGGGCUCGGCUCCCUGCAUGUUGGGUCUUGUGAUGAUGUCAUCGUGAACCACGCCACUAAAAUCAAGCUGCCGUGGGGCCAGUCGGAAAGCGACAAAACGUACGCGAAGUUCCGUUACCCUCCUGCUUCAUCUGACGCAACACACACCAAAAAUGGCCUCUUGUACUUCAAAAACCGCUUCCAGUGUCUAACACACAACUGAACUCUCCCUGCCUAUGCCUUCUUCUCUUUCUCUCAUCCUCCCUCAAACGAACACUCUCUCCCUAGCUAAAGGGGCUUGUGAAGACACUGGAAGUGCGCUGUGGAUGUACUGUUCAUGGUCCCAUGUGAGUAUGGGGGAGUUCAAAUAGGCCUCUACUUUUGGAUAGGUCAUAAAGUGAUCAAACAUGACUGACGGAUGAGAUACACAGUGAUGGCUGAUUAAGAUUUUUUUGAUACCUGAAGAUGUCGUAUUUUUGUGUCUCCUUUCUUUAGCUUUAUUUUUGUUCAGAAGAAUUCUUUAGAUACAGAUCAAACCAUUCCGUAAAUUAUGCUCAGCUGUCUUUUUCUCCUCAGCCAAUCAUGUUUCAGUAUCACAUUUAAAUGGACAUUGAGACCAAAAAUGGAUUCUGUCAUAAUUUCCUCAAGCGGAUGUAGUUUCAGACUUAAGGAGACGUACAAUAUUAUUAAUUUAUGACAGAAUUGACAUUUUUGAGUAAACUAGUCUUUUAAAACUGAUGAGAAUAAAGAAGAAGUUUCUUUUGAAACUGAAGAACGAAAAAGAAGACUGCGGAGGUAAACAUUUUUAACCAUGACUUUUAGAAUUUUUAAAUCCAGUUAAAGGGAGACACCUUCUUUGGGACAUUCAGGUGGAAUGUCACAUCAGCUCCCUGUCUGGCAUUAAUCGUGUGUGUACUUGUGUAUGUGUGUCUGUGUGCGUUUUAUUGAGGGUCAUCUCUCUGUACGUUUGCACUAAAACAAAUGGACUUCAUUUGGAGAGACCCGACCCUCAACGUCACUAAAAGAAGGAAAAGACUGAACAUCAUUAGCAAGCUAAAACCACAGACAAUCCAACAUAUCACUUUCAUUCUCUCUCUCCCUCCCACAUACACACUCCAGGAAAUUUCUCAGUUAGAGAAGGAGGGGUGAUUCAUUGUGCAUUAGUAAAAUCUGAAUUUGAUAUUUUUUCUGUUCUAAAGAGUGACUGUGCCAAAGGCUUAAUCACUGUCCUGGUAUGACUUGUUUAUUGUUUAUACUUUUUUAAUUUCCUUUAUUCUGGGGUCUUUUUAAGGUUGUGUCCUAUUGUACUGAAGCAUGCAGCCUGAUUUCAAUAGCAGCCAGAUGUGAAGCAGCACUGUCCUAUGUUGCCUUUUUCAAAUUUAGUUAGCAAUCACGCAUCAUAAGCAAAUAUUCCAAAGGCACUUACUGUAAAAGUUUUAUAUAUGUAUUUAUUUGA